AUGAGAGAAUACAGUGUCAAAGUUGUGGCUGUUGAAGAAUGGGACAAAUUCUCAAAAGCAUUGCCUUUUGUUGUUUGUGUCUUCUUUCAUCACUUGAAGGGGGUUUACACAGAGAUUUGUGAGUCUCACUCUAACUUGAAACUGCUUGUGAGACAGAGGGCUGGAGAGCAGAUGCUUGCUGAAGCCAUGACCCCUGAGGGCUCAGAUGUCACAGAUGUCGAGGAGGCACUUGAAGAUUUGCUUGGGAUUUCUCACCUGGAUAGACAGAGAUUCCAAGCAGAAGAACUUCAUUGA